UUUCAGAAAGUAUGAAAGCGUGUUCCCGGGGGGUGCUGGGUCGUUGGGGUUGUCAGACUGAACUGAUGGAUGAGGCGGAACGAGGUGGACAUGGGGAAGCUUGAUGUGUCCCCUUAAGCCGGGUAAAGUGCGUGGGGCCUGCUAACCCUGUGCUCAUGUUCUCCUGCAGGAUGAAAGAGUGGUGGAUUCAGGUGGGGCUUCUGAGUGUGCCGCUUCUGGCUGUCUACCUGCACAUCCCUCCCCCAAAACUGUCCCCAGCUCUUCACUCAUGGAGAUCGUCGGGAGGAUACUUCACCUACAAGGCCCAGAACAUCUUCUACAGAGAUUCGACGGGUGCAGUUGGCAGCUCUGACAUCGUCAUUCUCCUGCACGGCUUCCCAACCUCCAGCUACGACUGGUACAAGAUUUGGGAAGGGCUGACUCAGCGGUUUCACAGAGUGAUCGCCCUGGAUUUUGUGGGAUUUGGUUUCAGUGACAAGCCACGGCCCCAUCGCUAUUCCAUUUUCGAGCAAGCCAGCAUUGUGGAGAGGCUGGUGGGGCACUUGGGCCUGCGAAACCACAGGAUCAACCUCCUGUCUCAUGACUAUGGGGACACGGUCGCGCAGGAGCUCCUCCACAGGUACGAACAUAAUAAAACUGGAAGCAUCUUGAUCAACAGCCUCUGUUUGUCCAAUGGAGGAAUUUUCCCAGAAACCCACUACCCCAGGUUCAUUCAGAAGCUUCUCAAGGAUGGUGGCUUCCUGUCCCCCAUUCUCACCCGGCUAAUGAACUUCUUCCUGUUCUCCAGAGGGCUUGGGGCAGUCUUUGGACCAUACACACAGCCUUCGCAGGCGGAGUACUGGGACAUGUGGACAGCCAUCCGGACCAAUGAUGGAAACCUCGUCGUUGACAGUAUUUUACAGUACAUAAAUCAGCGGAAGAAGCACAGAGACCGCUGGGUCGGGGCUCUGGCCUCCACCACCGUCCCGCUGCAUUUAAUCUACGGGCCCCUGGAUCCUGUGAAUCCGUAUCCAGAGUUUCUGCAGCUUUACAAGAAGGUGCUUCCUAUGUCCACGGUCUCAGUUCUCGAUGACCACAUUAGCCACUAUCCACAGCUUGAGGAUCCUACAGGCUUCCUGAACGCAUACUUGAACUUCAUUAACUCCUUCUGAGCACCAGCAAACUCUGGCUCAGGUCUGCUCUCCAUUUCUGAACCAGGCAGUGGUGGAGCAGAUGCAGACUUUGUUUCCAGAUCGGGCGCUUUAAGGCUUUUGGAUCAGGCCGCGACAUCCAUGUUUACAUCUGAACCUUCUGAAUGUGGGGAGGACAAGCUAGCAGGAUGGAUGCUGUCUGCCUUCCUACGCAUACCCAACCCAUUUCCUAUCCUGACAGAGCAGCUGGGCACCAGGAAGUGAGAAUGGGGUUGUAUAGGGGGGCAACAUCUCUCAAGUUGCUCUGGGAGUCUUUACCCGUCUUACCCCCAGAAGAUGCUGCAGGAAAAGUAGCUCUUCAUUGGAAACCACGCACCAAAUAGCUUGUUUCCAAAUCCUAGCCACGCGUCUUUUCUCCUCCAUGCGUGCAUCAAACUGAGCUGUUGCACAGACAAGGUUGAAACAACUUGUCUGUGUUGUUUUAAAGUGUUACUAACCCUGAGUGUCAGGAUUUAAAAUACAUGAAAGCAAUCUAAGGGCUUAUCAACACUGAGUGUCCUUCCCUCGUUGAAGCAGCAAACCCCUCAGUCCCUAGACAGUUAAAUUGCUGCGGCUGGCAGGUCAGUGUAGACCUGCCCCAAGGCAGCACCUUGGCUUCUUGCCAUGCACCCAGUUUUGCUAAUUUUCAGUGCCAUCAGGCAGUAAUGAAGAGGCCUGCUCUAACCCAUGCUGGCCUACAAGAGGUCCAUAUGCUCUGCUUUAGCACAGUUGAAGCAUCAGCCUGAAGCACAAAGGGGUGUGGGCUCUUUCCUAGCUUUACUUUCAGCUAACUUGAAUUGCUAACAACAACUGCAGGACUGGCAACAGCAUCACCAGCGAGUUCUUCUGGGCAGCUGCUACUUAAAAAUCACAGGUUUGCUACUUAACCCAUUUUCCUAGCAGGGGCUGGGAGAAAUGACCGAGAGCUUCAUUCACCCUGGUUAGGUAAGCAAUUCCACUUUGAUUCUGCAAACCGCACGUAAAGUGCUUCCUGUGCCAAUGAACAACUCUUAAGCCCAGCUCAUGAGGAAAAAAACCCCAACAACUGGCCCCUGACAACUGCACGAAGGACAUCAGUGUCUGUUUUUAAGAGGCAGGGCAUUUAACUAGGGAGCACCAAUGCUUUGCUUUAGGCUUAUGCGUGAGAGGGGUAAUUCAUAACCCAAUUUAACCUUAAUGAGGCAUUUAAAUCUCUAGGCUUUACCUGGUUUUGGUCCAAAAUGCAUGCUGUAUGUUGGAGGCAAGAAUUCUUGCGGGUGAUAUUUUUUAAUCGAACUAACUGCAUGGUUAGGCAACACAGGGAGUGUGUACACAUUCAAGUCAUAAAAUCAGAGGACCAGAAGGGACCUGCAAGAUCACCGAGUCAUGGGCAGGAGGUUAUUGGGCUCAAAAUGAUCUAGGAGAAUUCUUCCAGGU